CGAGACAAGCUCAAAGUAGACUACAUACUGGGGGAAACUAACAGGCAGCUCGGCCGUAGCUGCGCCGGAAUCUCGUCCCCGACCCAACUUAGCUCUUAUCUUAUCGGCGUGACUGUUCGGGAGUUUUGCCCCGCGACGCCAAAAAGAUUCAUAGAUUCAAAUCCAGAUUCAUGACGCAGACCACGACACAGCGUUCAAGCAGAACAUGACGACGCCGCGAAAAUGCCAAUGACAGACGACGACGGGUUCGAGGCCCUUCUGGAGCCAUUCUACAAUGGCAAGAAGCUCACAGACCCAAUCUCCACCAAGGAAGACAAGUACCAGCUCCUACCCGCCUUCUUGAAGGUCAAAGGCCUCGUAAAACAGCAUAUCGACUCGUAUAACUAUUUCAUCGACCAUGACAUCAAGGAGAUCGUCAAGGCGAACCGCAUCAUUCGUAGCGAGGUCGACAGCGGGUUCUACCUCGAGUUCCUCGACAUCCGGGUCGGCAUGCCCACCCGUGGCGAUGCCGGCCAGUCCUUCAAAGCCAAGAACCAUGUCACCCCGAUGGAGUGCCGACUCAGGGACAUGACAUACGCCGCCCCGAUCAUCAUCGACAUCGCCUACAUCAGAGACAGAAAGAAGAUCAUCCGGAGGAAUGUCCCGCUUGCUCGCAUGCCCAUCAUGCUCAAGAGUUCUAAAUGUGUCUUGGCCGGAGCCACGAACCACAAGAUGGAACUGAUGAACGAGUGCCCCUUGGACCCGGGUGGCUACUUCAUCAUCGGCGGGACGGAGAAGGUCAUUCUCAUUCAGGAACAGCUCAGCAAGAACCGAGUGAUUGUUGAGGCCGACGACAAGAAGGAACUCAUCCAGGCAUCUGUUACGAGCUCGACCCACGAGAGGAAGUCCAAGACGUAUGUGAUCUUGAAAAAGGACAGGAUCAUCCUGAGGCACAACGUUCUGGUCGAGGAUAUCCCAAUCGCCAUUAUCCUGAAGGCGCUUGGUGGCCUCUCCGACUACGAGGUCAUGCAGCUUGUCGCCGGGUCUGAUGGUCGCUACCAGGACGACUUCGCCCUCAACUUCGACGAGGCGACACGGGUCGGCGUGUUUACACAGCAGCAAGCACUCGAGUACAUCGGCGCUCGCGUCAGGAUGGGAUCAAAGGGCAAGCCCCAGUUCGGCCCUGCACCUCGUCGGAACAAUGUUGAAGAGGGACUUGACGCGCUGGCCAACAUCAUCCUUGCGCAUGUCUCCAUCGAGGGCCUCGAUUUCUACCCCAAGGCUAUUUACAUCGCAAUGAUGACCAGAAGGGUGUUGAUGGCUUACCAUGACCCGAAACUGGUUGAUGACCGUGAUUUCGUGGGCAACAAGCGCCUUGAAUUGGCUGGACAGAUGCUUUCACUCCUCUUCGAGGAUUUGUUCAAGAGCUUUCUUACCAACUUGAGGAUGAACAUCGACAAAGUGCUAAAGAAACCUAAUAAGGCUAUCCCGUUCGACCCAUUGACAUCGAUUAGCGGCACGGGCGGCCACAUCACCCAGGGUAUGAAUCGGGCAAUUCAGUCCGGCAACUGGAGCGUCAAGCGGUUCAACAUGAACCGAGCGGGUGUCACCCACGUUCUGAGUCGACUUAGUUACAUUGCUGCCCUGGGAAUGAUGACUCGAAUUACGAGUCAAUUCGAAAAGACGCGGAAGGUGUCCGGCCCCAGAGCCCUCCAGCCUUCACAAUGGGGCAUGUUGUGUACCUCAGAUACUCCUGAAGGUGAGGCUUGUGGUCUGGUCAAGAACUUGGCCUUGAUGACACACAUCACCACCGAGGUGGACGAAAAGCCCGUCAAAAAGUUCAUUCUUACUGUCGAUUCGAAUGUGGAACCGAUCAGGAACUUCUCCGGUUCGGAGAUGCACCAGGCGGGCGCGUACAUCAUAUCAAUCAACGGAACACCCUUCGCUUUGACGCACUAUCCGAAGCGGUUUGCGUCCAAAUUCAGGACGAUGCGCCGUCGUGGGUGGAUCAACCCAUUCGUGAGCAUCAACACCAACUCUCAUUUCAACACCAUCUUCAUCGCCACAGACGAAGGGCGGGUCUGCCGGCCCUAUAUUAUUGUCAAGAAUGGCGUGUCGAAGUUGCAGCCGGAACACCUGAGACUGCUGCAGCAGGGCAAGGUAGGCUUCGACGACUUCCUCCGGAAAGGUGUCGUCGAGUACCUAGACGUGAACGAAGAGAACGAUGCUCUCAUUGCUCUGUACGAAUCAGACAUCACGCAGAUCACAACUCACGUCGAGAUUGAGCCGUUUACAAUCCUUGGUGCUGUGGCUGGUCUCAUCCCAUUCCCCCACCACAACCAGUCGCCCCGAAACACAUAUCAAUGUGCUAUGGGUAAACAAGCUAUCGGAGCUAUUGCCUACAAUCAAUUCAACCGGAUCGACACCCUACUUUACACUCUGGUGUACCCCCACCGACCCAUGGUCAUCUCAAAGACAAUCGAGCUUACCAGCUAUGACAAACUUCCGGCCGGUCACAACGCAACGGUCGUCGUCAUGUCUUACUCCGGCUACGAUAUCGAAGAUGCGUUGGUUCUCAAUAAGGCGUCUUGCGACAGGGGUUUCGGGCGGUGUCAAGUCUUCCGUAAAUAUGCCGCGGAGCUUCAAAGGUACCCCAACGGGGCAUCGGAGAGGAUCGGCCAGCCCGAGACGGAUCCCAUGACGAAGCAGAAGAUUGCCAAACACGAGGUUCUUGACAAUGACGGCCUUGCCAGAGUGGGAUGGCAAAUUCAUAGCGGCGAGACAAUGGUGAAAAAGGAAACCCCUCUCGACACUGGGGCAACCAUUGGCGAAAACAAGAGUUCCAAUGAGUAUCGGGACACCUCCAUGGCCUACCGGAUCCCAGACCCAGCGUAUAUCGACAAGGUCAUGGUCACACAGACGGAGAGGGAGACGGUCCUGGUCAAGGUUCAGACCAGGCAGACGCGUCGUCCCGAGCUGGGCGACAAGUUCUCGUCUCGGCACGGGCAAAAGGGUGUCGUUGGCAUCAUCGUUGAUCAGGAAGACCUGCCGUUCAGCGACAAAGGUCUGGUUCCAGACAUCAUCAUGAACCCCCACGGUUUCCCGUCGCGUAUGACAGUGGGAAAGCUCCUUGAGUGCCUCACUGGCAAGGCCUCAAUUGUGCACGGCCGAAAGAAGUACGGCUACGGCGACGCCUUCCGGUCGCACCCUGUGGAGGAGGUCAGCAAGGUCCUGGUCGACCAUGGUUUCUCCUGGGAGGGCAAGGACUACUUCACCUCUGGCAUCACAGGUGAACCUCUGGAGGCGUACAUCUUCAACGGGCCGAUCUACUACCAGCGUCUGAAGCACAUGGUGCAAGACAAGAUGCACUCGCGGGCAAGAGGACCCCGUGCGAUCCUGACGAGGCAGCCCACCGAGGGUCGGUCGCGUGAUGGUGGUCUGCGUCUGGGAGAAAUGGAGCGCGACUGUCUGAUCGCAUACGGCGCGUCACAGCUUCUUCUCGAGAGACUAAUGCACAGCUCCGAUGGCACGAGUGUCGAUAUCUGCCAGCGCUGCGGGCUCUUCGGGUACAAGGGGUACUGCCAGACCUGCAAGAGCACUAGGGAGGUAACGGCAAUGACGAUGCCUUACGCUGCAAAGCUGCUUGUCCAGGAGUUGAUAUCGAUGAACGUCGGGGUGAGGCUGCAAAUGGAGGACGAAUUUCCUCACCCGAGAUGAGGACGGGCUUUAUAGGAGAUGGUGGGGUGUUCGCAGCCCGCGUUGCUUGUGCGAAAAUGAGGCGUACCAAUACGGUGGCAGUGACGAACCUCAACCUUACAACUUGCAUAGCAUUCUGGCGCAGGGGAUCACGGAUAAGUGCAUAGCAAUUAAACAAAUGAAUGAAAGCACCGGCAGGUUUUUGAGUGAAGACAUGUUUGCUUGCUGUUUCUGCCAAUCCGUGAUAGGAGGCAGGCAGGACAGCAGGCGUGCAGCAGGUGGUGGCUGUGAGGACCACGGACAAAAAUUAGAUGCAGACGUUGAGUGAUGAUAUGCAAAUAAGAUCGGUUGGG